ACCCAAAAGCUGCUUUUUUGUAAGAAACAAAUCCAUCAUUAUGGCAUUUUAAAUUUAAAUCAUUGCUUAUGGUCAAAAUAUGAGUCCAUAAUCCAUAAUAAAGCUUCUUCCAGUGAAAAAGUCAUAUUGGCUUAAUCAGGAGAGAAAACUGCACAAAUCAAGCCAAAACAGCUCUAAACAAACAUUUGGGUGGAUUUUGAUGUGAGAGGAUGGACUUUUUUACCGGAGGAAGUAAAUUCAUAUGAAUUAUGGUCUCAUAUUUUGGCUAGAAGCAACCGUUUAAAGUUACAACAUCUUAAUGAUGGAUUUGUUUCUUACAAACAUGCAUCUUUUCAACUCACAAGAUGUUAACUGAUGGACUAGAGUGGUGUGGAUUACUUGUGGAUUGUUGUGAUGUUUAACAGCUGUUUGGACUCUCUUUCUGACGGCACCCAUUCACUGUAGAGGAUCCAUUGGUGAGCAAUCCAAAUCUGAUGAAAAAACAAACUCAUCCACAUCUUGGAUGGCCUGAGGUCUUGCCUGUGCUCUCCUCAAAACCUCCUCGCACGUUGUGCUGUUUGAUGUGAGGCCACCAAGCCAAGAGUUGCCAGGGGGUAUCGUAUUCAUGCAGGCAGAUAUCCGUGACUAUGCGCAGGUGGAAAAAGCAGUUCGAGGCGUGAACUGCGUGUUCCACAUCGCCUCCUAUGGGAUGUCAGGACGGGAGCAGCUCAAUCGAAAACUCAUCGAAGAAGUGAACGUAAAGGGAACGGAGAACAUCCUGAGGGCUUGCGUGGCACACGGAGUCCCUCGUUUGGUCUACACGAGCACGUAUAAUGUAGUGUUCGGAGGUCAGGAGAUUAAAGACGGUGAUGAAAGUCUUCCUUACUUGCCCUUGCACCUGCACCCUGAUCACUACUCCAGAACUAAGUCUAUAGCUGAAAUGCAGGUGUUAAAAGCGAACGGUUCGCCUUUGAAUAACAGCGCAGGUGUCCUACGGACUUGCGCCCUGCGUCCAGCCGGUAUAUACGGCCCUGGGGAGGAAAGGCACUUGCCUAGGAUAGUUAGCUACAUUGAGAACGGGAUCUUUAGGUUUGUUUAUGGGGAUCCUGAUAGUCUUGUGGAGUUUGUUCAUGUGGAUAAUCUGGUGUCUGCGCAUGUGUUAGCUGCCGAGGCGUUAACUGAAAAGCAUCAGCAUCGUGCUGCUGGUCAGCCCUAUUUCAUCUCCGACGGAAGGCCUGUUAACAAUUUUGAGUUUUUUAGGCCUUUGGUGGAGGGUCUGGGAUACUCGUUCCCCACGCUUCGCCUGCCCAUAUCACUCAUUUACCUCUUUGCAUUCCUGACUGAAAUGGUUCACCAUGUCGUGGGGCGGAUUUAUAACUUCCAACCCCUGCUGACCCGUACUGAGGUCUACAAGACGGGCGUCACGCACUAUUUCAGUAUGCGUAAAGCGCGGGAAGAGCUGGGAUACGAGCCUAAACUGUAUGACCUGGAAGAUGUUGUGCAAUGGUUUCGAGGCAGAGGUCAUGGGAAGAAACGCAGCCAGUCAUCAAUUAAGAAACUAAUUUUAGAUGUUGUUUUGGUGGUCGCAUUUGCAGCAGUGGUGCUCUCCUGCCUUCCGGUUGUGGGACAGUGAAAUGUGCGACAGCAUUCAAUUUAAUCUUGUGCCUUAUGUAAGGUUUAUACUGACCUGAUUUGUUCUUUUUUUUUAAACACAAAUGUUCAUGUUAAUGCACAUGAGUAAUGUUAUAUUGUAAAAUGUUGUGGGGCUGCAAAACGAUAGGUUGUGAUUAAUCUA